GGCCGGGCGAGCGGGGCGCGAAGCCGGGGCGGCCAGGACGCUGCGAGCCCAGCCCAGCCCGGGGCUGCGGGCGGCAGCGAGCGAGCCCGCCCGCCCCGCCUGGAGCCGGUGGUCUCGGAGGGCAAAGCCCAGCGAUGGUGCAGCAAGCGGAGAGCGCGGAGGCGGAGAGCAACCUGCCCCGGGAGGCGAUGGACACCGAAGAGGGCGAGUUCAUGGCUUGCAGCCCCGUGGCUCUGGACGAGAGCGACCCGGAUUGGUGCAAAACGGCGUCCGGGCACAUCAAGAGACCGAUGAACGCGUUCAUGGUGUGGUCUAAGAUCGAGAGGAGGAAAAUCAUGGAGCAGUCGCCGGACAUGCACAACGCGGAGAUCUCCAAGCGCUUGGGCAAGCGGUGGAAAAUGCUGAAGGACAGCGAGAAGAUCCCGUUCAUCCGGGAGGCGGAGCGGCUGCGGCUCAAGCACAUGGCCGAUUACCCCGACUACAAGUACCGGCCCAGGAAAAAGCCCAAAAUGGACCCUUCGGCCAAGCCCAACGCCAGCCAGAGCCCGGAGAAGAACGCGCCCGCCGGCAGCAAGAGCUCCAAGAGCUCGGGCAAGAAGUGCAGCAAGCUGAAAGCCUCGCCCGCCUCCUCGCCGCCCAAGCCGGGAGCCAAAGCCGCCCCGCACGGCGGCGACUACGCGGGCGACGAGUACGUGUUCGGCAGCCUGAAGGUGAGCAGCAAGACGGUCAAGUGCGUCUUCGUGGACGAGGAGGACGAGGAGGAGGACGACGAGGACGAGCUGCAGCUGCGGAUCAAGCAGGAGGCGGCGGAGGACGAGGAGGAGGACGAGGAGCCCGGGGCGCAGCAGCUGCGGCGGUACAACGUGGCCAAGGUCCCCGCCAGCCCCACCUUGAGCUCCUCGGCGGAGUCCACCGAGGGGGCGAGCCUCUACGAGGAGGUGCGGGGCGGCGGCCGCCUCUACUACAGCUUCAAGAACAUCACCAAGCAGCAGCAGGGCUCCUCGGCGCCACCGCCGCCGCCGGGGCUGUCGCCGGCCUCGUCCCGCUCCAUCUCCACCUCGUCGGCCGGCAGCGAGGAGCAGGACGACCUGCUCUUCGACCUGAGCCUCAACUUCUCGCAGCACGGCCACGCCGCCGCCGAGCUCGGGGCGGGCGCCGGCGGCAACCUCUCCCUCUCGCUGGUGGACAAGGACCUGGACUCCUUCAGCGAGGGCAGCCUCGGCUCCCACUUCGAGUUCCCCGACUACUGCACCCCGGAGCUGAGCGAGAUGAUCGCGGGGGACUGGCUGGAGGCCAACUUCUCCGACCUGGUGUUCACGUACUGAGCGGCGCCCGCCGGAGAUGCUGACGAUGCUCGCCGGGACCCGCGCGGCCGAAUCGCUGGGUUUCGUCCGAAAAAAAAAAAAAGAAGAAGAAAAAAAAGAAAAAAGAAAAAUCCGAAGUUAGUUCCGAGCCCGGGAGUUGUGAUUUUAUUUUUUUUUUAAUUUCUUUUUUUUUUGUGUGUUUUAUUUUUUUUAUAUAUACAAUUGCAUUUGGUGAUCACAACAACAGCAAAGGCAAAUGGGACUGGGGGAAAAAAAAAGAUACAGAAGGCGCUGUUUGAAGCUUGUCGGUCUCUGAUUGAAGUCUGGAAGAUGCUCUGCGAAGAAGUCUUUUGGCAGCACAACUGUUACUCAAGGGGGUUUGUGGAUUUUUUUUUUUCUUUCCCGUGAGAGAUCUUAAAGAACUGUUCUGAUUUUUAUUAUUAUUAUUUCUUUUAUUUUUUUUUUUUCCGAAAAGGGACCAUUGCAACUUUUUUUGGAGGGAGAAAACUGAUGUCUUCUAUGCAUCCGAUUCUUAACAAAGCUGCAGGGAGCUUGAAAAAAUGCAGACUGUACAAACGCUUACAAAUAACUGAACUGACUUAAGAUCAGAGUUUACUUUUCAGAUCAAAUUGUUUAUGGUUUUACAAAUGUGAUUUCUACUUGCCAACUUUUUUUUUUGUAACUUGUUCCCUUAUACCUCCUUGAUUGAAUACCAGACAGCCUAGACCUCAGUACAAAAAGGUAUUGAAACAUUUUUGAUACAUAACAGACCUCAGUCUUUUUUAAAAAUUAAUAUAUUUUCAGGCGUAUUUUUGUACAGUGAAAAGGGAACAUUCUUGCUGUGUUUUUUCAGUAAGACUUUUCAGGCACUUCUUCCCUUUUAUUUUUCUUUUUUUUUCUCUGUUUUUAGCAUGCAAGUUUGUUGGUACGUUACGUCCUGGUUUUAAAAGGAUUAAAAUUUUAAAAAAAAAAAAAAUAAUCCUUGCAUCUAAAGGCCUUGUGGUUUUAAAAAAAAAAAAAGAAACAAACACUUUUUUUGUACAGCUAUAGUUCAGAUUUGUUCAAUAUUUGUAGGUAAAGAUUUAUUGAAAAUGGUGAUAUAGACCUCAGAGCUGUUAUCUUAGUUUAAAAGAUUGUAUAUGUACUGUACUAUAGUAGGACUUUAUGUAUCUCAUACGCUGUGAUAUGUGGAUGGGGCCCCAGAUGGAAGGUAUGAAACUGGA